GGUGAAUCAGUGGGUACUGUGCGACAGGAGCAGACCGGUGAGCGGUGCUGUGUGGACGGUGCGUCUCGAGAGAGAGUGAAAAGGGAGGAUUACAGAGCAGCGCGCAGGACACAUUACCGAGGGAAAGAGGAGUUAAUCAGGAGGCGAAGGACUUGCGAACAGACCAGAGAUGUCGUCCUACAAGGGCGCCUACCAGCCCACCACCACUGGCUGGGCCGACCCGCAAGAUGAGGAGGUGACGCUGUCGUCCUUUGUGGCGCCACUCUUGCUGGUGCUGGUUAUCAUAUUCACAGCCAUGGGCAUGAUCCCCAUGGCCAUGACAACCAAAGACUGGGCCAACAGUGACGGCAGCGAGGGCCAGUGUAUGCUGUACGCCUCCCUCACCCAGUAUCAGGCGAUCGGAGACACAUGGGGCAGCGACAUCGGCACGUGCUCGUUCGUCGCCUACGGCACCAUCCUGCCGAUCCUGGGGGCGGUGCUGCUGCUCACCCUCUACUACAUCCUCCGCGGCCGAGAGACGCCCGCCUCCAGCUCCUGGUGGCGGGUGUUUACCGCCGGAGCGCUGGCCUUCGGUCUCUUCCACCUCAUCAUCGUCUGCAUGUUGACCGACGGCUACACGCGCACCUGCCUGGCCAUUCUCGGAAACAACGCUAACCUCGACAAGUAUCAGUACCGCAAGUGUUCGGACGGCCUCGGCUCGCGGGAUUCCAACUACAACCACAACUACCCGACGCAGCAGAUGCUGACGGUGGCGCUGGUGGGAUACUGGGUGGCCACCUUCGGCUGGAUCGGCAUCGUCUGGGCCAUGGUGAUCAACAUGCUGCACGCCAAGGGUCUCUACUGCCUGCUGUAGACGGGGACGGGACCCCCGCCAAGGUUAAUGUAAAAAGGGAAGGUCCUGGCGACAGGGUUCUUACAACGUUGUGCUUUGACAGCCCAUGGAGGCGGGAGGAACCCCGCAGGCGACAAGGUUUUUGUAAGCAUAUAAUGAGGGAUUUCACUUCCUGCGGUUGUCCUCGCUGAAUUUGCCAAGCGUGCUGGAGACAAAAAAGGAGACAGGGACGGCACGAGACGAGUUUCUUAUUGUUACAUUUUAAGGUGAAUCAGUUGAGUGGCAGAGGCGGGUCGUGGUAUACGGAAACUAUAACUACGGUUGAAGGUACGGUACAUGAUAGCUGUCCCAGGGUAGGGUGAGCGGAGAUAUGCGCCUUUCAGCUGAUUGUCAUACAAAUUAAUACCGGUUCCUUCAAGGAGACUACAGGGACAAGACCGAUAUUUCUUAUGCGGUUGGCAGCUCUCUGUUCGGAGCUAAAAUGUAUACAAAAAUCCUAUUGCCAUCUUCUCAUUAAUAUCAUCAAUGACAAUCUAUCUCAUCAAUGUGAGUCUUGAUUUCUCAUCAAUAUCGUAAAAAAACGUAUAAAAUGAUUCAGAACGCUUCGAUCUGAUACAAAAAUAUGUGUUAGGUAGUAGAAAACUUGCAUAUAGCAGAGCUGCGCAAAGAACAUUGGAAGGCUGCCAUAGCCUGAAUCAGCGUAAGGUCCGUUAGAUCGGCGGACUAAUGCAGAGAUACGGCUGUAGCAUGCGUCACUAUCAUAACCUUUGUUCCCUUCUUCUUAUCGUGUCUGUUGCAACAUAUCGUCGUUGUCUGUUCUGUCGCUUGCCCAACCGGACAUGUGUCAUCACGCUUUGAGAUAGAAUACAUUUUAAAAACGAGCUGUUUGACUGUCUUUACAUGAAUUUCAUGA